AUGAUAUCCCAGGGGAAACUAUACUCUGCAUAUAAUACUCCUUUUAUCAUGUUGCCUUUUCUCAAAGAAUCCUACGGCAGAUACAUGACAGGAUUCCGUAAAACUGCAACGCUCUUAUAUUACAGCCGGGAUUUUAACCCCUGCAAAAAUAAGGUACCGCAAAUGAGAAGACAUCAGUCCAAUAUGAACAAUGGUUUUAUUCAAAUAACGAAACGUCCAAUGUUUCAUCCACCCCAAAGUAAUAUUCGGGGCAUAUACCUUUAUCUCACUACAUACUACUGCGGAUAG